CCUUUUCCUUCUCCGCCUGCUGGCUGUGUUACGGCUGACAGAAUGCCGCGCAAAAUCGAAGAGAUCAAAGAUUUCCUGCUGACGGCCAGGAGGAAGGAUGCUAAAUCUGUUAAGAUCAAGAAGAACAAGGACAAUGUGAAGUUCAAGGUGCGCUGCAGCAGGUACCUGUACACCCUGGUCAUCACCGACAAAGAGAAGGCCGAGAAACUCAAACAGUCGCUUCCACCUGGUCUGGCUGUUAAGGAGUUGAAGUAAACGCCUCGUGUGUCAAAUGUUGUAAUAAAAACUUGGAAAAUCA